ACUCAGUUAUGUUUGUUCAUUAACCAAAAUGAUGAAAUUAUAUCAAUUUGAAUUUCUCUUAUUCCUCCUCCUUAUCAUUGUCAAUACAACCCUUUCCAUUUCUUUCUCUACACUCUCUCAAUUUACGAAACCAUUGGAGAAGUUUGACAAGGUGAUUAAUAGUGAAGGUUCUGACAUAGCAUGGGAUAAGUUUGUAAUGGACCCGCUCAAGGACAAAGUCAUGGAAUCUGAAGCGAAGAAGAUGGUGGAAAAUAUCAAACCGUCCCCUCCAUCACAAUUACUAAAAUACAAAGGUCUAGAUCAGAUCAAACAAUAUUUGCAAAAUUUCGGCUACCUCGAACAAUCUGGGCCGUUCAAUAACACUCUAGACCAAGAAACAGUCUUAGCCCUUAAGACCUACCAACGAUAUUUCAAUAUCUAUGCAGGCCAAGAUAGCUUACGCAAAAUUUUACAACAUAUAGCAUUACCACGAUGUGGUGUUCCUGAUAUGAAUUUCACGUACGACUCCACCAAUGAUAUAUCGUAUCCGAAAGGAAACCAAUGGUUUCCUAAGGGAACGAAAAAUCUUACCUAUGGUUUUGCUCCCAAAAAUGAAAUCCCACUCAAUGUGACCAACGUGUUUAGAAAAGCCUUGACACGAUGGUCGCAGACCACUAGGGUCUUAAAUUUCACAGAGACGACAUCAUACGAUGAUGCUGACAUUAAGAUUGUGUUCAACAAUAUGACUUACGAUGAUGGAAUCUAUGAUGUUGUCGUGGCUGUCACUCUUAUCAAACUUGAUUCAGCGAAUAUGAACACGGGUUUGAUAAGUCUGGACAUUACAAAGCACUGGGUGUUUCCAACUGAGGACGGAGAAUUGGAUUUGGAGACCGCCGCGAUGCAUCAGAUAGGUCAUCUGUUAGGACUUGAACAUUCUUCUGAUAGCAAGUCUAUUAUGUAUCCAACUAUAUUGCCAUCACAGCAAAAGAAGGUGCAGAUAACAGAUUCAGAUAACUUAGCAAUCCAAAAACUCUAUUCCAGCUCUACAAAAGCCAAUGCAAACUCGGAUGAUAGUAGUGGGUGCUUUAAACUUUCUGGGUCUAGUUCUAGCCUCUUUAUCUCUUUGUCCAUUGUAUUUGCUUUUGUGGCUCUGUUGAACUAGCAUUUAAAUUAUGUCAUUUGAUUAGAGUCUUUUUUUUACAUAAGUUUAAUAAUUAAUGUGUAAUCAAUUACACAUUUGGGAAGAAAAAAAAUUGUCUUGUGGUUUAAUGAUAAAUAAAAUUUUUAGUUUUUGUUA